UUCCCUUGGAGCGGAGAACGCGGUAAAAGGAGAUUCCGGUUUGGCAGCAGCAACAGCAGCAUGGCAUCCGACAGCAACAUGGCUAGCGUGAACGGCCGGGAGGCCGGGCACGUCAACGGGGAGCCGGUGCUGAAGCGGCCGCGGGACAGCCUGAGCCAGGACGCGUCGCCGCUGCGGGUCCCGGCGGAGCGGAACCUGGUGACGGUGGUGCUCGGGGCGCAGUGGGGCGACGAGGGCAAGGGGAAAGUCGUGGACCUGCUGGCCAUGGACGCGGACAUUGUCUGCAGGUGCCAGGGAGGCAACAACGCAGGUCACACAGUGGUGGUGGACUCGGUGGAGUAUGACUUCCACCUGCUCCCCAGCGGCGUGCUCAACAAGAAGGCUGUCUCCUUCAUCGGUAAUGGAGUUGUGAUUCACCUGCCGGGUCUGUUUGAGGAGGCAGAAAAGAACCUGCACAAAGGCAAAGGAUUGCAAGGAUGGGAGGAGAGGUUGAAGAUUUCUGAUCGUGCUCACAUUGUGUUCAACUUCCACCAAGCUGUUGAUGGAAUCCAAGAGCAGCAGCGGCAGCAACAUGGAGGAAAAAAUUUGGGGACCACAAAGAAAGGCAUCGGUCCUGCCUACUCGUCCAAAGCUGCUCGGAACGGUCUACGAGUCUGUGACCUCGUCUCAGAUUUCAAGGUUUUCGAGGACAAGUUCCGUAAAUUGGCAAAACAUUUCAUGGACAUGUAUACAAACCUCAACAUCGACAUCGAGGAAGAGCUUGAGCAGCUGAAGCACUAUGCAGAGAGGGUGCGUCCUCUGGUGACUGAUGGAGUGUACUUCAUGCACAAAUCUCUGACUGGACCCACUAAGAAGAUCUUGGUGGAGGGUGCCAAUGCUGCUCUCCUGGAUAUUGACUUUGGGACGUAUCCUUUCGUCACGUCUUCAAACUGCACCGUGGGAGGUGUGUGCACCGGCCUCGGCGUGCCUCCCUCUUACGUUGGCCGAGUCUACGGCGUCGUCAAAGCAUACACGACCCGAGUGGGCGUCGGUGCUUUCCCAACAGAGCAGGAUAACGAGACUGGGGAGCUCCUACAGAACAGAGGGAGAGAGUUUGGCGUGACGACGGGUCGAAAGAGGCGAUGCGGCUGGCUGGAUUUGAUUUUAGUCAGAUACGCCCACAUGGUCAACGGCUUUUCUGCGAUUGCUCUGACGAAACUGGAUAUUUUGGACACACUGCCUGAGAUCAAAGUGGGAGUGGGCUAUAAGGUUGAUGGAAAACCUCUACUGAGUUUUCCAGCAAACAUGGACGUGUUGACGCGGGUGUCGGUGGACUACAAGACGUUACCCGGCUGGUGCUGCAGCACCGAGACAGCCCGGAGCUUUAAGGAUCUGCCUCCACAGGCACAAAGUUACAUUCACUUCAUCGAGGAUUUCCUGAAAGUGCCAGUGAAGUGGGUCGGGGUCGGCAAGUCCAGGGAAAGCAUGAUCAAACUGUUCUGAUCUGCAUGACUCCACAUCUGCAGCUGACAACGUCUCCUGACGACAUCAGAUUGCCAGUAGAGUUUACAAUGAAAACUUCAUCUUGAAGAUAAAAACUUCACCAGCAAGACUUGUGAAACCUUAAGUUGCUGCUUGUGUGUCACAUUUCCGGGACUUCUCCAGAUAUAUUUUAUGCAUUCCACACACUGAUUCUAUAUUUAUGAGGGUCGUAAUUUUUAAAACCUGACAAAUGAUUCAAUAAUUCUUUAAUCCAGUCUUAAGAAAAGCACAGUUUUUGUUUUAACUUUUGAAGAUAAUUUAGUUCCACUGACAUCCGUUCGCCAUUCCGUUAUUUUUUUAAUUUAAAUUUUUUAACCCUUCUAAGAGCCAGUGAAGAGACGUAGAAAUCUUUGUUUAAAAGGUCUUUAAGAUAAAACCGAUUAUCGUCAAGCUUUGUAACGGGAUAAAAGACGAAGCGCCAUCAUACAAACCGGUAUGAUUGUGAUAUUUUCCAUUAAACUUUUCUUUUUUAAAACAGUGCACCUAUUAAUUUUGUAAAAAAUAUCAGAUGACUGAAUGUGUGAAUUCAAAUAGUUUUAAAAAAGAAUCAUCACACAGGAAAAAGCAGCACAAAAGGAGCUACAUUUGAAAACCAUGUUUUCACGUCCACACAGACAUUGAUGAUUUGAAGUUUGUGUAAAUGUAAGAACAGAUAGUAAUGUACAGAGUGCAUCUUAAUGUUUCCAACUUUAUGCCAAUACUGUAAAAGACUAUUCUUCAGCUUGCUAGCACCAAUAAAAGGAAACUAUCACAUUAAAUGUUUCUUCAUUUUA